CUCAUGGCUCCUGUGGCUGCCUGGAUCCUGCAGAGCUCCCAACUGAGGAAGGGAAGUCCCUGUGGGAGCUGGUCCUGGAACAGUUUGAGGAUCUCCUGGUGCGCAUCCUGCUGUUGGCUGCCCUGGUCUCCUUCGUCCUGGCCUGCUUCGAAGAGGGCGAAGAAACCACAACAGCCUUCGUGGAGCCCCUGGUCAUCAUGCUGAUCCUUGUGGCCAAUGCUAUCGUGGGCGUAUGGCAGGAACGCAAUGCUGAGAGUGCCAUUGAGGCCUUGAAGGAGUAUGAGCCUGAGAUGGGCAAGGUGAUCCGCUCAGACCGCAAAGGUGUGCAGAGGGUCCGCGCCCGGGACAUCGUCCCUGGAGACAUCGUAGAAGUGGCAGUGGGAGACAAAGUACCCGCUGACCUCCGCCUCAUCAAGAUCAAGUCCACCACCCUGAGAGUGGACCAGUCCAUCCUGACAGGUGAAUCCGUGUCUGUCACCAAGCACACAGAUGCCAUCCUAGAUCCCAGAGCUGUGAACCAGGACAAGAAGAACAUGCUAUUCUCUGGCACCAACAUUGCAUCGGGGAAGGCCCUGGGCGUGGCAGUGGCCACAGGCCUGCACACAGAGCUGGGGAAGAUCAGGAGCCAGAUGGUGGCAGUGGAGCCAGAGCGGACGCCACUGCAGCACAAGCUGGAUGAGUUUGGGCGGCAACUGUCCCAUGCCAUUUCUGUGAUCUGUGUGGCUGUGUGGGUCAUCAACAUUGGCCACUUUGCCGACCCGGCCCAUGGUGGCUCCUGGCUCCGUGGCGCCGUCUACUACUUCAAGAUUGCCGUGGCCCUGGCGGUGGCCGCCAUCCCUGAGGGCCUCCCGGCUGUUAUCACUACAUGCCUGGCUCUGGGCACACGGCGUAUGGCACGCAAGAAUGCCAUUGUGCGGAGCCUGCCGUCUGUGGAGACCCUGGGCUGCACCUCCGUCAUCUGCUCUGACAAGACAGGCACCCUCACCACCAACCAGAUGUCUGUGUGCCGGAUGUUCGUGGUAGCUGAGGCUGAAGCGGGCUCCUGCCGUUUGCACGAGUUCACCAUCUCAGGCACCACUUAUGCCCCGGAGGGUGAAGUGAGGCAGGCGGAGCGGCUCGUGCGCUGUGGGCAGUUCGAUGGGCUGGUGGAGCUGGCGACGAUCUGUGCCCUGUGCAAUGACUCAGCGCUGGACUACAAUGAGGCUAAGGGCGUGUAUGAGAAGGUGGGAGAGGCCACGGAGACGGCUCUGACUUGCCUGGUGGAGAAAAUGAAUGUGUUUGACACCAACCUACAGGCCCUAUCGCUGGUGGAGCGAGCCAGCGCCUGCAAUGCGGUCAUCAAGCAGCUGAUGCGGAAGGAGUUUACUUUGGAGUUCUCCCGAGACAGGAAGUCCAUGUCCGUAUACUGCAUACCUACUAGCCCUGGCCUGGCGGCCCAGGGCAGCAAGAUGUUUGUGAAGGGGGCUCCUGAGAGUGUGAUUGAGCGCUGCAGCUCAGUCCGAGUGGGAAGCCACACGGUACCCCUGAAUGCCACCUCCAGGGAGCAAAUCCUGGCCAAGAUUCGGGACUGGGGCUCAGGCUCAGACACAUUGCGCUGCCUGGCGCUGGCCACUCGGGAUGCACCCCCACGGAAGGAGGAUAUGCAGCUGGACGACUGCAGCAAGUUUGUGCAGUACGAGACGGACCUGACUUUUGUGGGCUGCGUGGGCAUGCUGGACCCCCCAAGGCCUGAGGUGGCUGCUUGCAUCGCACGCUGCCACCAAGCUGGCAUCCGUGUGGUCAUGAUCACAGGGGACAACAAAGGCACAGCUGUGGCCAUCUGCCGCCGGCUUGGCAUCUUCGGGGACACAGAGGACGUGGUAGGGAAGGCCUACACAGGUCGCGAGUUCGAUGACCUCAGCCCUGAGCAGCAGCGCCAUGCCUGUCGCACAGCAUGCUGUUUUGCCCGUGUAGAACCCGUGCACAAGUCCCGGAUCAUAGAGAACCUACAGUCCUUUAACGAGAUCACUGCCAUGACUGGAGACGGGGUGAAUGAUGCCCCAGCUCUGAAGAAAGCAGAGAUUGGUAUUGCCAUGGGCUCUGGCACAGCUGUGGCCAAGUCGGCAGCCGAGAUGGUGCUAUCAGAUGACAACUUUGCCUCCAUCGUGGCUGCAGUGGAGGAGGGCCGGGCCAUCUACAACAACAUGAAGCAAUUCAUCCGCUACCUCAUCUCCUCCAAUGUAGGCGAGGUUGUCUGCAUCUUCCUCACGGCAAUUCUGGGCCUCCCGGAAGCCCUGAUCCCUGUGCAGCUGCUCUGGGUGAACCUGGUGACAGAUGGUCUACCUGCCACAGCCCUGGGCUUCAACCCACCAGACCUGGACAUCAUGGAGAAGCUGCCAAGAAACCCUCGUGAGGCCCUUAUCAGUGGCUGGCUCUUUUUUCGAUAUCUGGCUAUUGGAGUGUACGUGGGCCUGGCCACGGUGGCUGCCGCCACCUGGUGGUUCCUUUAUGAUGCCGAGGGACCUCACGUCACCUUCUACCAACUGAGGAACUUCCUGAAGUGCUCCAAGGACAACCCACUCUUUGCUGACAUUGACUGCGAGGUCUUCGAGUCACGCUUUCCCACAACCAUGGCCUUGUCUGUGCUGGUGACCAUUGAAAUGUGCAACGCCCUCAACAGUGUCUCAGAGAACCAGUCGUUGCUGCGGAUGCCGCCCUGGCUGAACCCUUGGCUGCUGGCCGCUGUGGCCAUGUCCAUGGCCCUGCACUUCCUCAUCCUACUGGUGCCACCCCUGCCUCUUAUUUUUCAGGUGACCCCACUGAGUGGGCGCCAGUGGGUGGUGGUGCUCCAGAUAUCUCUGCCUGUCAUCCUGCUUGAUGAAGCCCUCAAGUACCUGUCCCGGAACCACAUGGAUGGCAUUCUCAGGACAGUCUCCCGGGCAUGGAGUGGGCAGCUACUGACCACCUCUGGGACCCCAGACCACACUGGAUUGGCCUCUUUGGUGUCACCUCAUAGGAGGGUAGAAGAGGGGGUUCUCUGUUUCUGAGCUCACAGCUCUGGGUCUGCCUUAAUCUGGUACUAGAGGGAAAAUGGCAGAGUCAGGGUUGGGGGCAGCGUCGCGGGAGAGGCUGGGGACCCCUGCUGGCAGAGGAGCCUCUGAGAGUGGGUGAUUCUGAACCUCCCGAGGGUGAGGGAGCCAGGAUCUUCUCACUGUCAGAGCUGCUUAGAGUGAGAAGCAGGGGCAAAAACAAAAAAACAAAAAAACAAACAAACAAAAAAAAAACUCCCUGUUCCUGGGAAUGUGAGCCAAGGCAGUAGCCCCCAGGCCAGGCCGCUGCGGAGGGUCUGGAUUAGGCCCAGCAAUGGCCAAGGUCUGCCCUGGAGCAGCUGGGUCCUUGAGGGCCAUCUCUGGCAGGAAUGUGUCCCAGCUUCGGGAGGGAGCCUGAGUUGGAGGGUCUAUAAAUAGAUCACGUGCUUGUCAUUCCAUAGGGGCCAGGGCAAUCAAUCCGCUCCUAUCUCCCACGCUGGCCAGUGCUCCUGGGUGCUGCAAACAUUUUAUCUUAUUAAGGAGGCCAAAACAAGUCAGCCUCCUCUCUCUGGGGAAGCUGGCCCACCACAGGUCUGUCCAUAGCAGACACGCACAGAGGGGCUCACCUGAGGGUAGAAGUAGGUACUCCGCCAAUGCAAGACCUUGUUAGAGUACAUGGGUAAGGAAGCAGGAAGCAAGGCAAGGCAUUUUGCCCCCUGUAUGGUUCUUUCUGACCCACUCAGUGUGGAUACUCCUAGGGAGCUGAAGAAGGUGAAAUAGGUCGAUCACCUAAAACUCCGUCCUCGGCAGCCCAGGGCCUCCACAUUUCUGGCUGAAGCACAGAUGUGGUCUACCAGGAAAUCCACCCACCAACCUUGAUCACACUAACUCACCUGAGAAGUCAAGCUUCAUUGGCAGCUCAGGCAGCUUCUCUGUCUUCCUUGAGAGCUUUCCCUAGCAGCCACAACUGCCAAGGAGUUCAGCACAUUUUCUUAAGAAAACUUAGAAAAUUUCUUUGCCAAUGGAGAAGAGCCUGUGUCUCGGGCACUGUUCAGUCCCCGCUGCUGGAUGGUGGAGGAUUUGGGAGGGGGCUCCUAACAGGUUGGGGCAGGUUGGAAGGAGCAAUCCCUGCUGGGCCAAGUGUUGGAGGUGAUUUCUAGAAGAGACAAGUCUGAGCAGAGGUUUGAAAGGGGAGGAUGGAACUUGGUGGAGAAAGAGCUAAGCAGCAUGGUUUGGCAUCUCUAGUGGGGCUGGGUGCUCAGAGUGCAAGGUAGAGAAGUAAGGCUAGAGUGUGAAAAGGGCCUUGAAUGCCAGGUUAAGGACUCUGGACAUUAUCUUCAAGGCAGUGAGAGCCACAGAAGCGUGGAAGCAUGGAAGGGACUGGGAUAACAUGGAGGACACAUGGGAAGGGCACGGCAGGGAGGCUGAUGGGUUGUGUUGAGCUGAUCUGAGGGCAGACACUGAGUCCAGCCCAGAGCGAGCUGGUUCUGGGCAACACCUCCACCUCCACCAUGAACCUGAGAUGUUGACUAUGGUCCUGGUGAGGCUUGGCUUGAAAGGGUAGUGCCCUGCUCUAGGGAGUGGCUGUGGGGCCCACAGGAAAGACUCAGGCUGGGCAUGUGUGGCCACAUCUGAGAAGUGGAGUGGUGUGUGCCUGCUGUAAGCCAAACAGCUUUGCCCUGUGUGGCUGCAGUCCCUCGGGCCUCCUAAAGCCGGAUGGGGCGGGGGUGAGAGAGGGGACCCUGUUGCAUUCCCAAGCCAGCCUGGUGGCCUUUUAGGGAAGUUUUGCUGAGGCUUGAUGCUUGCAGCUUCCCUCUGAUUUAUGAGGGAUGUGUCCUGGGGAGAAUUGCAGAUGCCCAGUCAGCUCCAGGGGGUAGGUGAGGGGUGGGGGUCUCCUUGCCCCAUUUCUUGGCUGUACCCAGUUGUGGCUGAGCAGCUAUGAAGCAGAAGCCAGUGGGCCAGACUGAAGGGAGAGGAGGCCUGGAGAAACUAAGUGGGGACAGAUCUGGGAGAGUCCAGGAUACGAGGUGGGCUUGCAUUUUAUUCUGAAGACAAUAGAGAACCACCAAAGGGGAUGACGGCUUGGAUUUGUAGUGUGAUGCCAGGGAGUGUGACGGUGAGGUAAGAGGGGGCUAAGGGCAGGGCUGAGAGGACUUGAAGCCUGGGGGCAGCAGGACAAAGAGAUGAACUCAAGAGGUGUAGGUAGAAUCAGCAGGCCUGAGUGAUGAGGUGAAUGAAGAAUUGAUAUCACCAGAUUCUGGAUCUCAUCCUACUGGGUAGUUAACCUCCCAAACUAAAAAUCCAGAGGAAAAUAUGUCCUGGGCUGGGCUGGAGUUGUUGAUAGAACAUGUGGAAUGGAAGAGGCCCAGUGGACUUCAGAGAAAUGUGUCUGGGCAGCAUCUGGAUAUGUGGGGCACAUCAGGAGACACAGUGGAACUGGGGAUCCCCUGAUGAAUGCUAUGGGAGAAAGCAGCUGUCCCAGGAGAGAUGGAGGAUGGAAGGAGCUAGAAGGAACCAGUGUGGAUACGCACUGUCACACAUACAUCUCUCAGUGUACUCUUGGGUUUUUC